AUGUCCGAACUCCGGUUGACGCAGGGAAAAACCAAAAGACCGGAUGAUUAUGGAGUCGAUUCCAUGAAAAUCACCGAUGAUGAUGCAGCCUUUAUCCUGGGCAAGGGCGGCAAGACCAAAGCCGGCAACUCAAUGUCCAACUCGGUGAAGUUGAGGGAGCUCUUUGAGCGAGACCUCGUCUUGGAAAUCCGUGGCUCCAAGUUGCAGCGCCGCCGCGCCAAAAAGUACGCGGAAGGCGUGAUGGCACAACGGACCGGGCCGGUCACCGUCCACGAGGACUACAACGACGGCGACUUGACGAUGCUCCGGGUGCCACAGGAGGCAGUUGGUUUCGUCACUGGCCGAGCAGGCAACUUCCUGCGGACCAUUGAAGAAGAGUGGGGAACGCUCAUGUUCUUUGUGGAGGUGGAGAGCUCACGCUCUCGCAGCAAGGAAUAUGAGAAGUUGGCCAUUUUUGGUGACGUGCGUGCGCGCCGUGGUGCAGAGCUCAAGGUGUUGAGCGCGGUUGAGACCAAAGUCCCUGGAUACUUCGACAAGAUCCGUGAUGAUGCGCGGGACACGAUGCAAUUUCAAGAUGACGAGUUGUCAUAUGCGCUAGGGAAGCAGGAGAUCUCCGACUUGCUUGCACCUGAGCGGUCCUUGGCCGGUUUAACGGCUGGCCUUUUGGUGGAGUUUCGGCCCAGGUGGCCCAGGUCAAGCCCCAAGCUCCGGCAAAAGGUGCUAACGAUUUCCCUGAAGCUCUGGAAGCAGGAGACUUGCAAAGCAACUGCCAUUCGCUUACUGGAGUGGUUCAAGGUCACUGAGGCGGAUGUCUCCAACACGACCCAGCGUUUGGCUCUGGGCGCGGUGUGUGGUGAGCUCCAGACGAAUGGGUCGGAUGGUGAGCAUUUGGUCCUCAUGCUGACCCGAUUCCCAGAGAUCGCCCGUGGCUCGGGGGUCACCGCGGAGCGCGUCAUCGACGGCAUGGCCCAGCGAGGGUACCUGAAGCCGGCGAUCCUUGUAGCUGAGCGGAUGAACGUGACCAACAAAAUCAGGCAACUGAAAGGUCGCUUGAUGGAUGCUUGCGUGAAGGGAGAGGGCAAGGAGAUCGGUGCAAUCAUAGCCUGUGACAAUUCUCCGAGGAAACGCGUGCCCUUCGUGAAAAAGCUUCUGAAGGCAGGGAAAUUGAGACUGGCUUUGGAGCGCAUCGAUGCCUGGAACUUGGAUAUAGUGCCGAGCGAAAAGGACGUGCUCCGGAGUGAAAGGCGCUCUGAGAACUUCUUCCAGCUGCCUGACUCGGUGGUUUUGGAGGAGGUAUCCUCUGAUGAGGAGCUGAAGGUUCUGAAGCGGAAAAGCCUCAGUUGGAGCUGUGUGGGGCUCGACACGGAGUCCUUGCGGGGCGGAAAGUGCGCGCUUUUGCAGGUGUCCACCAAGACCACCGCCUUUUUGAUCGACCUGCUGGCGGUCAGCAGGGAGCAACUCAGAGACUUCCUAGUGCCACUGAUGGCAGAGCGGGCCAUCACCAAGCUGGGCUUUGGUGCAUCGGAGCGGGUGUCGGAGCCCAGCAGCUUGGCACAGCUUGCCACAGCUUGGCAGAUUGAUUGUCAAACGUGUGGCACGAGUGGCAUUGAUCUCCCCACCCGAGAUGCGGGCGAGCAAUUUUGCACGGCGGCCACUGCAGCAGUGGCAAAGAUGCUAUGCAGCAUUGGAUGCCUGGAUUUUGGUGAAGUGGCCCAGCCGCAAGGAGUGAAGAUGGUUAAAGAAACGGAUGAUUUGGACAACAUGAAAGCGAGCAUAGUGCUUGCGCUGGCUGUUGCACAGGACUGCGGUCUAGAACAAUGCCCCUCAGGUGCGAUUCUGACAUGUGGCAUUUGGUGCCAGCAGGCCUUGAGUGAAGACUGCCUAAUGAACGCCACGUUGAUGCCAUGUCAGGGAAGCUAUUGCAAGACAACCUGCCAACGGUGGUACCGCUCAAUGACUGCAGACCUGCGCACGAUCCGAGUCACCUGCCAGGAAUUUGCGGACUUCGCCUUCUUUUCCAAGGGCGCGGCUGUGUGUGCGGAGGAGUGUUUGCUGCCGGAGAUCCGGGCUGAACGCUAUCCUUCGCCCACGGGCUACGGCCUGCUGUGUCGUCCAGGGUCUUGUGAUGCAUCCUCGCAGGCCAGGUAUGCCCAGGACCCAGUGGCCAUAGAAAAAGGCCUCGCGGCCUUGGAGUGUCCAUGCAACUGGUUUGGGUCUGAUUGCAAAGAUGACUGGGUGCAAGUUCGUCAUGUGAGGAAGCAGUGGUUGGGUGAUUUUCAGCUCACAUUCUUCAGUGUGGACAAGGGUGACUGGAAGAAGAUCAUGAAAGACUACCGCCCAGGCAGCAUAUUACGUGUUCAGCACUUGGACCAGAAUGGUAUCCCACGUGAGCAGCCGUAUGCCUUAGCUGGAAAGGAUGAAGAGGGCAUUUUGAAGGUUUUGACCGGGCCACCACCAGAAGGACUUCAUGAGGUUGUAGUGGAGGUUGCCCACGCGGUCAGGCAGCACACACCAGGACCUUGCACGACUCUUUUUGUGAAUCCUGCAAUCGCGGGCUUUUUCAACGGGCGCUAUGAAUACCUGUUGGAUGCCUUAGGUUCGGUGAAGCAGGUAGCGAUCGUUUCUUCAGGUGUUGGAUUUUCUGGCGUGAAGGCUGCCAUAUCUGGACUGCUGCCGACGGGUCUUCAGAUGCACAUUUUCUACGGCGUUCGAAAUGCGAAGGACGUACCGUACCAGGAUUUCCUGACCUCACCGCUGGUGGAAGAAAAGGUGAAGCUUACCUUGCUGGUCGAUGGCUGGGAAGACCGUGAUGACAUUACUGUCGUGGUGCGGGGCCAAGCGAAGACAUGUCCCUUGUGGGACGGGGGAGUCCGAAUUUUUGCCGUGGGCACCGGUUGUGGCGAGGAUGUGCCGCAAGACUGCAUUGGCUAUGUGACCGGGAACCGGAGAGCAGCUCUCGGUGGAAUUGAGGAGGUGCGAGAGAUCUCUCAGCGGGUAGGACAGAGGAUGGCCAAAGCAAAGGGACUUCCAGAGGCUUGGGAUGUGUCAAUGAUGCCCAUAGGUCGCGGGGGCUCCGAGCAGCUGGCGAUUUUCGGGAAUCAACGCGCCCGACGAGGAGCUGAACUCAAGGUCAUGAGCGCCGUGGAGACGAAAGCGCCGGGCACCUUCACCCGGGGCGUCCGCGAGAAGUUCAGCGAUGAGAAGGGCUUCGCCACGGACCGGAUGAUCUUCCGCGACGACGAGCUGAGCUAUGCCCUAGGCCGUGAGAGAUCUACCAGAAAGAAGCUGGCCUUAGCGGGACACGGGGAUCAGGGAGGAAAAGACUGCUGCCACGAUGCUGCGGGGUUUCAGAUGCCGCUUGACAGUGGUGUCAAGGAACGAAAACGGGUGAAGCAGUUCAUUGACUGGUUGCUGGCCCAGCGUGCGCACCUCACCUUUGUAGCAGUUUUCGGAGCAUUGUUCAAAUUUGACUUCCCUGUUGCCGCCUGUUGCCUUUGGCUUGUAGCCGCGGGCUGGGCAGUUGACUUGGCCAGCGACAUGGGAGAAAACUAUGAGGUGUGGGGCCAAUUCAAAUGGGGCCCAGGAGGCCAAUGUCCUGAAGGUCUGGCCGGAAAAACAGUUGCAUUGAAAUGUGAGGGGGACGUCUUCAAUAUCUCCGGAGCUGGUGCUUGGCUCUCAAGCCGAUUGCGCAGCCAGUUGCUGGAGAAGGGAUGUGAGGAGGCGAUUGAGAUUCCGAUGAAGAAGGCGACGGCUGCCAAGAUUGUGGAAUACUUGAAGCACCACGAAGAACAUGAAUGCAGCGAAAUCCUCACGCCCCUUGCAGGUGACAACUUGCAGGACUGCGGGGCUUCCCGCUGGGACUCCAGCUUUGUGAAUGUGGACCGGGAGUUGUUGUUUGACCUCACCGUGGCUGCCAGCUAUUUGGAUAUUGCCAGCCUAUGGCUCCUGCUGAGCGCCAAAGCGGCGCUGAUGACCAACAACAAGAGCGCUGAGAAGCUGCGAAAGGAGUUCAGCAUGCUCAGCGACUUUCCAGCUGGAGAGGAGGCCAAACUCAGACAGGACUAUGCCGCAUCUCGGAAGAACCACGGCCACGCGCCCGACCCAGACUUAUCGCAGCUGGCGGCCACAUCAGUGGUACGGAGCGGGGUGCGGGCCAGUGAAUACAAGGUGGGCAUCAAGCAGUUGACCGAUGGAUCUGAGGAUGCCUCCGCCCACCUGAGGAGCUGGCGCCAUGCCAUGUGGAGGGCAGCUGUCUUGGAUGAUUGGAACCUCUUGGCCAAUGCUCCGGAGCAGGUGAAGGGCGACCGUGACCUGGUAAAGAGUGCCAUCCUGACAAGCCAAGGUGCUGCUUUGAAGUAUAUAUCCUCCGAUUUGAAGGCUGAUCAGACCAUCGUCUUAGAUGCCAUCAAGUAUUCGGGCAAGGUUUUUGCAGAUGCAGCCCCAGACCUGCGCAACGACAAAGACUUCCUGUUGAAGGCUCUGAGUGUCCAUGGGGGUGCCAUGUGCGGUGCUCCAGAUUCGAUGCGCAGUGACAAAGCAUUCCUGCUUGAAGCCGCGAAGGCUGGCAAGGGCGCAGCCAUGCAGGGAGCUAGCUUAGCUUUGCGUGAGGAUCGCAACUUCGUCUUGGAGAUGGCAGUGCAUGAUGCUGAGGCAUACCGCUAUGCAUCAGAGGACCUCCUGAACGAUAAGGACUUCGCAGUGGCUGUUGCCAAACGAAAUGGAAAGGCCCUGAAGUUCAUGCUGUCCAUUUUCAAGGCCGACCCAGAUGUUGUGCGGGCAGCCAUUUCCAGAGAUCCGCAGGCUGCUCAAUUUGCCCACGCAUCCAGGCGAGCAGAGCUGGGCAUCAUCCAAGAAUCUAUCCAUGGAGAAGUGCAGCUGAAGGAAGAGCUGCAGAGUCAAUUGAAGGCCGCACAGGACGAGGCGGCAUCAGUCACAACUCUGGCCGUCGCAGGCCCACGGCAAAUUCCGGUGCAAGCGCUGCCAAGCAGGCAGCAGUACACCUCUCUGCGGUUGCAAAAGUGUGUGUACUUCACGGCCGCUAGCACAAUGACGGCCAACAUCGGUCAAGCCAACUAUGUGGCAUCCAAUGCCUACAUGGAUAGACUUCCUCAGUUUCAGAGACCAGAGGUGGAUGCCGUUGGCUUGAUGUGGGGCGCCGUGGGUGGAAUUGGUAUGCGUUGGAAAGCCUUCGCAUCAGAAGACUUUCUGAAUGAUGUUCCGGAUGCGCUGAUGAACAUCCAGGAGUGUGGGAAAGUGCUCUACUGCGCCUCUAUCUUGCAGAAUCCGCCGGAGUGGUUUUGUGCCCAGAAGUUUGCAGAAGAUGUGCGGAAGGGUUACCUCACCCCCACCGCUGGCGUCAUCAAGCUGGAGCAAGAAGUGGUCUCAGCCGCAGCUGAGCAGAAACUUCCAGAUGAAAUGGCCUUGCAGGGUUUGCCAGAUGUUGACCGGCGGCCCAUUCCAGGGAACUUUGCUGAUGCUCCUUUAGGUGGUUGGCCCAGCUUGCUCUCAGAGGGAGCCAAGGUACGGCUUACAGGUACUCGUGCCAAGAAUGGCAUCACAGGAACCUUGCUGCACAGAUUUGAGGAUGGCAAGUGGAAGGUUCAGUUGGAUGAUGGCUCUGGAAGUGCGCUGCUGAGACCCAACCAUUUCGAGAUUCUUGAGCAUCUUCAAGCCCCAGUGCAUCCCAAGACUCAUCGGCACAACACACCGGAAUUGGAAGCCUUCAAUACACAAGUGGCCGCUGAGCGGCAGUGGAAGAUUGAAGAGAAGAGGGCCAAGCUGAAGGAGAAGAUCGCCGCUAAGCGGCAGGCGAUUCUUUCUGCCGCGGCGGCUUAG